AUGUUUUUAAUGAGGAGAGAAAUAGAGAAAGAUUGGUUUGGAUUAACGAAGCCACCUAUUUAUAUUAAUAUAGUUCGAGAUCCAUUAGAUAGACUAGUAUCAUACUAUUAUUUUAUACGUUACGGAGAUGAUUUCAGACCAACUAUAAAACGACGUAAAGCUGGAAAUCGAGAGACGUUUGAUGAUUGUGUGAAACGAGAUGGAGAAGAUUGCAGUCCUGAAAAUUUAUGGAUGCAGAUUCCGUUUUUCUGUGGUCAUUGGUCAGAGUGUUGGAAUCCAGGAAGUCAAUGGGCGUUAGAACAGGCCAAACAGAAUUUAGUUCACCAUUAUUUAGUAGUUGGGGUCACAGAAGAAUUAGGAGAUUUUAUCGCUGUAUUAGAGGCCACCUUACCUCGCUUUUUUAAAGGAGCUGUUCAACUUUAUAAUUCAGGUCGAAAGUCUCAUCUGAGGAAAACAACCAAAAAAGUCACGCCACUACCAGAAACUAUUGAAAAAAUCCAUGAUUCAAAAAUCUGGGCCAUGGAAAAUGAAUUUUACGAAUUUGCAUUACAACAAUUUCACUUUAUAAAACAUCAGACAUUUGAUUUAGUUAACGGGGAAUAUGUAGAAAAAGGAAAUCGAUUUAUGUAUGAGAAAAUACGCCCUCGAUAA